GUUGCUGAUGAACUAUCUAAGAAAAAAAUCACAAUAUUUUAUACGUAUAACGGAAUUUUUCAUUUUCACUGGACUCCAGUGUCAUAUUGAUAGGUUUCCUUUCGGCAACACAUUGGAUAUUGGCACGUAAAAGAACGACACGUAUCUUGUACCGUUUCAUUUGUGAAGCAACAUAUGAAAUGACUCAUCGAGGCAAUUUCUUGUAGUAUGGACGUGACAGCCAUAUGCAUGGAUGGAUACAGGCAAUGUGGGUGAAUGACCUCAGCGACUGACAGAGAGCGGCGAGCCGCGGAGCGGGAGGAGAGGGAACGGAAAGUACCUCCUCCCGCUCCCGCCCUGUCGCUGACCUUCGCCCCCAAGUGGCUCCGUUUGGAGCCAUGGAUGGUUCAGGGACGAACUGGAGGUGUAACCGGCCCUGGCCAGGCAGCGACGGGACGACCUGGAGGAGGCAUCGGCCCUGGCCAGGCAGCGGCGGGCGGAAGAGGUGGUGCUGGCCGGAGCGGCCCUGGCCAGGCAGCGGCGGGCGGACGAGGUGGUGCUGGGAGCGGCCCUGGCCAGGCAGCGGCGGGCGGACGAGGUGGUGCUUGGAGCGGCCGUGGCCAGGCAGCGGCGGGACGAGGCCGCCGUGCCAAUGGAAGAGUGGCCCGACGAGGAGCGUCCAGGCCUGGACGUAGGGCUAGGGGCGUGUGGAGGAGGACGAAUGCCGGAACAUACAUCGCCCGUGUUUCCACGUUCAUCUAUUAUACAUAAGACACCGAAG